GAUCCGCCUAUCGAGGAUGUUAUAAAAAGAAAGCGGAAGUCAAUAUCAUGUGACACCUACACAUAAACAAUGGCGGACGUAGAACCUCCCCCAGCAGAUACAUCGCAGACGACGUCGAAUUCUGCCUCGAUGGCUGCAGAUGGGAACAAACCAUGGGAGAGGCCAUGGACUGUUGAGGAGAUGAGAAAGGAGGCAACUAACUGGUCACUGUCUGGAGAUGCAGGGUUGUUGCUGUAUUUAAAAGAUUUUUCACAGAAGAUGAUUUCACGUGUACAUGAAAUUGAAAAAGAAGUAGAUGGAUUGAUGCAUGAUUCUAAGAUGACUGGUGUAAGAGCUAACAAUGUCUUCAAUGACUUCAUUAUGCUGGCAAACACCCAGUUUGUAGAAAAUAGAGUUUAUGAUGAAGAUGUCAGUCAAGAGGAAACAGCAAAAGCUGGGGAAGGAAAUGAUGAGAAAGAGAAGACAAAAGAACAACGGGAGUCAGAAUUGAUUCCCAAGGUCAAGGAGGCCCUGGAACUCGGAAUCAAUGUCAUUGACCAGGCCUUUGAACAGUUGGACAGUCAUGUGGCAGAUUCUGACUCAGAGGAGGAGGAGACCGGAUACAGAGCUGACCCUCUACUGGAAGCUAAGGAUCCAUAUAUUAACCGAUUACUUCCCUUAAUGAUUGGAACACCCAAAUUUAUGGAGGAUGAUUCUGUUGGCUUGGCUGAGGAGGAAUCAGAAGAAGAGGAGAGUGACCAUGGCAGCCUAAGUGAGAGUGAAUCUGAGAAAGAGGAGGAGGAAGAGGAGAAGACAGAGUCCUCAGAGGAGUCCUCAGAGAGUGGGGAAGAAUCUAGUUCAGAAAAACCUGUCAAAAAUCAGUACUCUCAGGAGUCUGAGUCAGAAGGCAGUGAUUUGUUUGGGGAGGAGGAUGAAAAGGAAAGUGUGUCAGGAUCUGAUGAGGAGGAAGAAGAGGAACCUACCCCAAAAAAACCCUCAGCACCUAUGGAUUUUGCUUCAGAAUUAGCCAAAAAAUUAGGGGCUCCUGGCUCAACACCAGCACAAGAGAGUGACGAGGAAGGAGAACCAGUAAAGGAGAGCAAAGAAACCAAACCAAAAGGUGAAAAGAAAAAGCGAGAAAAGAAAGAAUCAACAAGUAGUUCUAAAACAAAAUCUAAAAAGAAGGGAAAAAUUGAAGAGGAGCCAUUCCCUGCAGAAGAAGAAGAUGAUUCUCCAUUUGGAAACAAAGGGGGACUUUUCUCGGGGACCAGUAAAGGGCUUUUUGAUGACAGUGAGGAGGAGGGAGAUUUGUUUACACAAAGUGUUUCUGAGAAAAAGACAUCCAAGAAAACCAUAGAAUCAGACAAGGAGGAAGAAGAAGAAAAACCCAAGGAAAGAAAGAAAUCCACCAGCAGUAAGAAGCCUAAAGGAGGAGUUCCUAUGUUUGGAGAGGAUGAUGAAGAUGAUAUGUUCAAUGAAAAGAAAACAACAGAGAAAAAGAAGCCUUCAUCUGUAGCCCCUUCAGGAGAAGGAGGUCUGUUUGACAAUGAAGAUGAAGAUGAUGACCUGUUUUCUUCAGCUGCUCCGAAAGCAACAACAGAAAAACCCAAGAAAAAAGAAAUUGUUGGAGGUGGAGGCCUGUUUGAUGAAGAGGAGGAGGAGGAAGAUUUAUUCUCUGAAAACAAGAAGGAGGAACCAAAGAAAGAGGAUACAGCCCCUCCAGUCAAACAGGAAAACAAAAAGAAACUUCCUCCAGGAGCUGUUCCUAUGUUUGGUGGAGGUGGAGGAAAUCCACUGGCUGCUGCCAUCAAGAAACAAAGAAAACAAGAAUCUGAUGAGGAAGAUAAUGAGUGGUCAGAGGAGGAGAAACCAAGGACUGCCAGUGUUAAAUCCAGCCAAUCAGUGACUUCUAUUAAUUCGGCAUCCAAGGUCAUAGGGGUCAGUAAUGCUAGCAAGCCCAGUCCCAGUCCUUCCAGUAAUAGCUUGUUUGAUGAUGAGGGUGAUGAUAAUGCUUUGUUUGCAGCUCCAGCCAAACCAAGGGCAGACAGUAAAUCAAAGACUAAACCUACAAAGUCCUUGUUUGAUGAUGAUGAUGGGGACUUGUUUUCCUCAAAACCAACAAAGAAAACAGCAGAAAAGAAAACUCAGCCAUCAGGUGGCUUGUUUGAUGAUGAAGAAGAUGAUUUAUUUGCUAAGCCAAAAGACAGUGGAAAGAAGAAGCCUGUAGGAGGAGUGGCUCUGUUUGGAGAUGAUAUCUUGCCAAAGAAAGACAAACCAGUCGAAAAGGAGACCGAGAAGAAGGUAGAGCCAGCAAAAACCAGUAAACCUGCCAAGAAGACUGUGUCCUUGUUUGAUGAGGAGGAGGAGGAAGAGGAGGGGGAUAUAUUUGGGGCCCCCUCAAGUAAGACAGCGCCACCUAGGCCUACUGGUGCAAGCAAGGCCAAGGAUUUGUUUACUGAUGGAAAUGACAUGUUUGGAGAGGAAGAGUCUCCAGGAGUGGACAUCUUUAAUCAACAAAAGACAGCACCAAAAAUGAACAAAGACUCAGCUGUGCCAGUUGCUAAAUCCUCUGCUCCAAAUCUAUUUGAUGAGGAUGAUGUGGGUCUCUUUGGUACCACCCAGACCACAAAGACUGAUUCUGUAGAUGUUGGAGGAGUGACAACAGAAGAAUCUACUGAUACCCCAGAUAAGACUAAGGAAACCAAACCCAGAAAACCAGUUGGAGGUGUGUCCAUGUUUGGUGCAUUUGAUCCAUCUGCUGCCCUGAAAAACAAAGGAAAGAAAGAAAAAGAGGUCAAGGACAAGACCCCUCCACCAAAAGGAGAUUCUGAAGAGGAGGAUACAUCAGAUAAACCAGAACCCCCUCCUCUGGAUGAACCCAAAACAGAAGAAACAACAAAAUCUGCUGAUCCUCUGUUUGGAGGAGAGGAUGAUGAAAAUGGUGAUUUGUUUGGAUCUUCACAAAAGAGUGAACCUGAAGAAAAAGAAGAGGCCAAACCCAGAAAACCAAUAGGAGGCAUGUCCAUGUUUGGUGCAUUUGAUCCAUCUGCUGCCCUGAAAAAUAAAGAAAAGAAAGAAAAAGAGGUCAAGGAUGAGACCCCUCCACCAAACGAGGUCAAGGAUGGAAACCUUCCUCCUGAAAAGGUCAAGGAGUCUGAGGACGAGGAUAGGAUAGAGCCUCCUCCUUUGGAUUUACCAGAGCCAAGUAAAAAGACAAAAGCAGUGGAUCCAUUAUUUGGAGAUUAUGAAGAUGAUGACCUGUUUAAGGUAUCUCCUGUAAAGAAUAUCAGCACAGCUGGUCCAUCCAAACCAUCAACCACCCCAAAACCUAUCAUUCCCUCCAAAUCCAAGAAUUCCAAACCAGAGACCUCCAAAAAAGCAAAUCUAUUUGGAUCCCCCAAGUCAGAUGAAGAUGAUUUAUUUUCAUCAUCUGCAAAGCCUCCCUUUAAAGAACCCCCAACUUCACCACUUGGCCAGUCCCCACGUAAACCAGCAGGUGGAGUUUCCAUGUUUGGUGGGGUGGAUCCAUUUGGAGUGUCAAAGAAGUCAGACUUAUCUCCAGGUUCACCUACAACAGGAGAAGGGGAUAAAAAACCUGAAGCAGUCUCCCCAGUUUCUGUUGGGAAGAAAAUGCCUGGUAAAAUUGGCAAGUUACAGAUGAACUUAGGAAUAAAUCCAGCAGCCAUGUUACCAGGGGCGACACCACCUAUCAAGGAACCAGAGGUGGUUGCAGUAGGAUUUGAUACUCCUGCCCAGGCUAACACUCUCCAUAGUGCCAAUAAAAGUCGUGCCAAAAUCCAGGCAAAGAGACGUCCCCCAAGUCGUAAAGGCCGACAGGGAGGAGGUCCUGGUGGAGAUUCUGCCCCUUCUGAGGCUUCUCCAUCUCCUCAAGUGGAGACACCUCCAGUGGAAAGCCGAGUACCUCAACCCACAUCUGAUUUAUUUGGUAAUGAUGAUUUACUCGGGGAGGAGGACACAAAAAAUGAUUUCAUGGCCCCACCCCCUGUACCUGAUAGCUAUGAGGAGGAAAACAAUGAUUUAUUUUCAUCAACUAGGAAAAAGAACACUAUAAUGUCAGAUGAAGACCUGUUUAACCCUGUGAUUUCUUCUACUUCCAAGCCAAAAAAUGUGAUAAACUCCAUGAAUGAUGAUGAUGGAGAUGACAUUUUUGGUUCUUCAAGUACAGUAAAAACUACUUCAAAAUUUGUCAGUAAAAGGAAAGUUGAAAAUGAUACAAAAGAUGCAUUAGUGAAUGGAGUUGAAGAUGUGUUAUCAGACAAGACCCAAACUUCUAAAGUCAUAGAGCCAGAGGAUGAGGACCUUUUUGCUGCGAAACCAAAGGUGAAGAAACAGACUGAUUUUGAAAAGUUACUAGAUGACAAACCAGAGGAAACUAAAACUGAAUCCAAACCUUCUUUGGAGGAGGACCUGUUCCCUGAUUCCACUCAGAACAAGAAACCUGAGAGCAAACCAAAGAUGCCAGAAGCAGCAGAUGAUGACAUUUUUGCUGAUUCCUCAUUGAACAAAAAAGCUUCCAAAGCAAAAACUGAAGAGAAAAAUGUAAAUGAGGAUGAUGAACUAUUUGGUAAACCUACUCAGAAAGGUAAAAAGCCAAGCAAAGCUCGGCCUAAAACAAAGGAUGAGGACUUAUUUAAGGACAACACAGACAUUUUUGCUGAUGUCCCAGCAGCAAAACCAAGGGAGAAAAAGAAGAAAAAAGCCACAGAAAAGAAGAGUGUUUUUAAAGACGAUGAUGAUGACAUUUUUGCAACCACACCUAGCAAACCAAAAGCCAAGAAGGAGAAGAAGACAGAAGCACCCAAGAAGACAGCUACAGAUGUUACAGAUAUAUUUGAUGAUCCACUGAGUUGACACAUACCGUGAUCUAAUACCCUAAAAAUGUUACAAAAAUUGUGUUACAAAGGUGCUAAUUAACAAUGGCAAUGUAACAAUAAGUCUGUUGUAUCUAAAUACAUUCUUACUUAUUAUGAACAAAAAAAAACAGACUUAGCUCAUAUUCUGUAAUGAUGCUAAGGUUGUUAAUUUCAGUUCUUGUACAACUGAUAGUUAAGUUUUAAAAAUAUAUUUUGAAUAUU